AUGGUCACAAAGUGUCCUUCCAAGGUCGAGAUCGCUCAGUCCAAGCCCGUGCGCAUGCGCAAAUGCCCGUACCCUAGUUGCACGUUUACGGCGCGGGAUAUCACCGGGUUGAAACAUCACUGGAACAGGCACACCGGACAGAGGCCAUAUCACUGUCUCGUCGGCUCGUGUGACUAUAGAGCUGUACAUCCGUCGAACGCUGUUCGUCACCGUAGCUCUAUACAUAAUAUGGAUAUCGCCGGAUUCAAGCUCUACUGCAAAAUGUGCAACGUUGACCCUUCACCCGUUUGGGAUAAAGCCUUACCUGGUCCUCUUCCAGAACUAGUCGUUAACAAACUCUUUUUCGGUAGCGAGACCUGCAACGUCAAUGCGAACGACAUCCAUAAACCCGUCGACAUCCUGACGCGAAAGCCCAACUGUGAUUUCGCCCAAAUCCAGGCUCAGCCAGUUAUGGCCCCGACCAACGCCAAUAUGGGCUCAUUAGAUAUUCCCUCCAAUCCGUACGCCGACGGGACGAACCCCAACCAUGUGCUUCCGGCUACACUUACUGCUGACAUCGCCGUCAGCUUGACGAACACCCAAACAUCCCAGGGAUAUCACCCGUCCGCUUGGUCUUCCCUCGCAAACUGGAACGGAGCUGCGACGUCUUCUGUCUCAGACUACGAGAUUUCACCCGUGGAUGAAGACGCUUCUUCCGUGUCGUCUGUUACGCAUAACUCUGAGUUGCUUGGCUCUCUGCAUCAACAUUCCGACGCUCCGAUGACGCCCACCUUCAGCUCUCCGGCUAGCCAACUUGACCCGCUUGAGCAUCUCCUCGAGGCUGAUCAAGCGAACCAGUACUCCAUGGACUUCACCAGGCCCCGCCAGCUCGAUUAUGACAUGAACUCUAUCGAGCCUAUGCCGACGGCUAACGUCACCCCUAGCGAAUUCGAGUACGUCCCUCAGAUGACAGAGGAGAACUUCGUCAGGGAGUACCUUCGCCAGAUCGAAAUGCACUUUUAA